UUCCUUACAGGGCACUUUAUUUCCUUAAAGCUGCAGGGUUUUGUAAUGGCUCAGUCUCAAGUGGUGUGUUUGGAGGACAAUCAUGUCAACGAGAAAAUUCCCGAGACAAAACCCGAGUUUUACUACAGUGAGGAGCAACGGAUAGCCCUCGAGCAGCUGCUGCAACAUGGAGAAACGGGUUACCUGAACAGCACGAAACAAGACAAGAUCCGGCACUUUGUUUCAGCCAAGGAGAGAGAGAAACUUCUUCAAACUUUCCAAAAAUAUGAUCUGGACAAGGAGGAAAGUCCGAUCCAAACGAAAGGCUCGAAGAAAGCCAAAAGUGACUCGGAGGCGCACUCAACUUACUGGCCGGCGCAGUCCGACACAAAAAUACCUGAACUGGAUAUCGGCUGGCCAGAGGCGCUUUAUUACAAGGGGGCGACACGGGUGACAGUUCAUACCCACCCACCUAAGGACGACGGGCCGCACAUCAAGCAAGUGGUCCGACAGAUGAUUCAAGGGGCACAGAAGGUGGUGGCCAUAGUAAUGGAUGAAUUUACAGACAUUCACAUCUUGAAGGACCUUGUGGAUGCCAGUUAUAAAAGAAAAGUGCCAGUCUACAUCCUCCUUGACAUAGAACAUGUCUCAUCUUUCAUCCAGACAUGUCGGCAACUUGAGUUGGGCGAAAUACAUCUGAGAAACAUCCGGGUCAGGAAAGUUGAAGGUUUUGGGAUGUACCUCUCCUCUGGGAAAGUACCAGGAAAAAUAUCAAGCAAAUUCAUGCUGGUGGACUGUGACAAGGUCAUGACUGGAACAUACAGUUUCACAUGGAUGGCUUCUCGUAUUGACCGGAACGUCAUUACUGUAAUGAAUGGACAAAUUGCCGAUGUAUUUAACCGGGAUUUCCGGGAACUGUAUGCUGUUUCAAAGACUGUGCAUAUAUUUAAUGAAUUAGGAAUCCCUGUUCCACCCAAACCAGUAAAAACAGAGUCCAAGGCGGAUGUUAAGCCCACAACAAAAGUCACAUCUCGCUUUGAGACAGCGGCAGCCAACAAUGGCUUUUUAAAUGUUGCUGCCCCGGCAUACAAAUUCAACAACCCAAAGUACAACUUGGUCACUGGGAAUCCCUUACGCAACUCUUACCAGAAUCUGGCCAAGGUGGGAGGAUCGGUUGGAAACGCUGACUCUCCUGGCAUCAUGCGCCGCUUCCUGCAAGACAGCAAAACAACUACUGCCAGUCUUUGUGAAGCAGACAUUAAGAAGGUCCCCGAAAUUGCACAGCCUAGUGAGGCUGAGACCAAGAAGAAUUCUGCAAAUGUACCACCCUCACCAGCCACACCAGGUCCAGAAACGGGAAGGAGGGACAGCUCAGUAAAGAAGAGGUCUAUCAUUUAUAAAAUAUUCAGUGGCAAACAAAGCAUAAAGAACAACCAAAACACUCCCACUAUCAACAUCAGCCAGGCCAGUGGAAGCCAAAAAAGUCUUGAUGUGUUGAAGGAAGAGGUUCCAAAAUCAGAUGGCAAAGAGAAACCUGGAAAGACAUUAGAGGGCUCAGUGCAAACUUUGACCUCUUUGGUUGAAGAUGGAAAGGAAAGUCCAAGUCCAAGCAGAUCCAAGGACCGCAAGAAGGGAAAGAAGGAUUGCAUCAUGUCUUGAGACAAGUGAAAAAAAAAGUAAUAAUAAUGACAAAAAUGUAAAAAACAUGCAAGAAAAAAUGAAGCAAUGUGCUUGUGGUUUGGAAUGUCCCAGAAAACACAUUCAGCUGUUGCCAAUUCUUCAAGGAAAAGUAGAUUUUUUGGUCAUUUUUAAAAUGUGGUCAUUAACUGGAUAUGUUUAAUGGCCAGUUGUUUAUUACUUAUGAUGAAUAAGUGUGGUGGGAAGAGUUCAGUAUUCUUUUCUCGUAAAGAAAGCAAUACAGACGAAAAGAACAUUGCCACAAACAAACAGUCCAUUCCAGAGUGAUGACAUUCUUGUGGCUGAGGUAAUGAAACUGAGUUAAUAAUGAGUUAUUAAAAAUAACCCCAAUUCCCAAAAGACGAUCUUCUAAGACACCUGGAACUUCAGGAAACUAACAUGGAAAAGCCGACCAGGUGUGGAAGACUUAACUGACUGGAAUGACUUUGGGAAUGUUGGGAUCAUUCUAGAGAGCACCAUUACCUGAUAGUGGAAUGAAAAAUGUUGGGGUGAUGGGAUUAACUCUGUGUCAGUGUCAUACUUGAAAAAUAGUUUGUAAAUAGAAGAUUAGGAAAUUAAAAAUUCUGCUAGAACUUUGCUGUUCUAAUCACUCUCUCUUUGUCAGAAUGAGGCUUAUGAGGCGACCCACCAUACAUCUGUCACUAGUAUGGAUAGGCAUGAUGGACUUCCCCAGAAGGUCUAACACUUCUAUCACAGUACCUCAAUGGAGAAAAAAAUGACAAAGGACAGUCAUUCCUUUUGCUUCAAUGAUGAUCUCGCUCACUGUAUACACAACCAUAACUGAAUUGAAGAAUGGGGAGAAAUGCUUUCUUUCCUAGGUGGAUUUCGUUGGCCAUUUGAAUUUAUGGGACAAUAACUUUCUAACCAUCAGGAGGAUGCGCUCUGAGGAUCACACCCUUACAAUUCUGGACACUUUACCCAUUCAAUCGGUGGUUCAGUUGUAAGUCAACCAAUCUGCAAUUCUAUUCUUGUGCCUUAAACACAAAUCUUUAGACUUGUAUUGCAAUCGUGUUUACAUUCAGUAAUUGAAGAUGUGAGUUCCAAAACCUGCUAAUUACACCUUUUGGUAAAAUUUAGUGAACACGUGAUUGUGACUUUUCAUGCAGUUGGUCAUGCGCCGAAAAUAUGUUUGAGCUUCAAAACCUGCUAACUGCAACAGUGUAGCGCUAUAGUUUUAGGGAUUUAGUUUCAAAAUUUGCUUACGGACCCAGAUUUUCCUAUUUAUCUCCAAAAUGUAUGUUUUGUACUUAGCUGAUUUUGGAACUGAGCUCUUCAAUUUUUCUAGUAAUAAUGGAUAAUCUAAGCUUGAAUGAAUGGGUGGAUUUUGACAUUUUAGAAGCUCCUUUUACCUCUGGGAUAUUUCACAGCGUCAGGCUCUAAGGGCUGUCAUGUUUAUUUUUUUAUGGCUUAAUGUAAAGGAUGGUACACGUUCAUCUGAUGUCAUUGGAUUGUGAGACGGUGCUGAAGAAGACACGACGCAUCAUAGCGGUGGACCUUUUAUAAACUGAUUUCAGUUUAACUAUGAAUCAUGACAUCCAACCAACCAAAAUUCAAUGGACUCCCAUUUGUGGGCGACAGAGGGAAACUUCGGAAGGCUGUUAUAUUUCUAAGGGGUAGCUAAUGUUGUCUACAGACAUCUUUGAAGUCAACAUUCCUGAAUGCGUCUCUCACAGGAAAACUGAGUGUCUCACUUUAGCGGAGUCAUUUUGUUAUAUAACAUUCUUAGGGCAUCUGAAAAUGUUUCAAGUGAAUAGAAGGUACUUGUCA